UAAUUCUGGCUUAGUAUUAUAGUAUGGCGCAACGGCGGCUUGUGUAAACGUAGUUACUUUGUGUCAUGCGGCUGGCUCCUGUUGCUGCAGCCGACGGGUGGUUUCAAUCUGUAUUGAUGUAGUCGCUGGCCGUGUUAAUUGUGUCCGGCCCCUAUUUCCAAUUAUUGAUUGUAAUGGGUACACCGGUAAAUUCUUCGGCAAGCCGCAAGGUUGCUGAGGGUACGGAGGCACUGCGACAAGCUGAGAAAUGUUUAAAAACGGGCUUGCUGAAAUGGAAGCCAGAUUUUGAUAACGCUGCAAACGAGUACAGCAAAGCAGCGACGUGCUUUAAAGCGGCGAAGGCCUUGGAUCAGUGCAAAGACGCCCAUCUCCGCUCAGCUGACUGCUACCUCAAGAAUGGAUCAUUCUUCGCCAGCGGCAAGCAGUUGGAACAAGCAGCAUUGGUCAGCAGGGAUAUGGGUAACCUGCAGGCUGCAGCUGAGCUCAUUGACAGGGCAUCUCGUUUGUAUAUCGACUCAAGAAGUCCCGACACAGCUGCAUUAGUUUUGGAGCGAGGGGCAAAAAUUGUUGAAGGGAAGUUUCCUGAAAUUGCUGUGGAGUUCUUCAACAGAGCAGCCGAAAUAGUUUCAGUUGAAGAUCGCCCAAGGCAAUCAGCAGAAUUCUGUGGCCAUGCAGUUCGUCUCCUGCUGAAGCUCGCUAGGUGGGACGAGGCAGCGGAAGCUGUGUCUCGACAGAAGCAGUUGUUGACAGAAGCACAGGAUGACCGGGCUGUUGGGCGGCUGGUGGUGGCACUAGUGCUUGUGCACUUGGCAAGAGAUGACUUUGUAGCAGCCAGUAAGGCUGUUGACCAUGAUGAAGGGUUUCUUGAAGCACAAGAACAGGACACUCUGUCAUGCUUACUGAAGGGAUAUGACGAAGGAGACCCAGAUAUGGUUACCCGUGCUCUAAAUGCACCAUUCCUUCGGCACAUGGAUACAGAGUAUGCCAAGUUGGCCAGAAUGCUUGGGCAGCAAGUAGCCGAGUCUGCCAAAAAGACAGCCUCGGAGUCUAAGCCAAGUGCCGAGGCCAUAGGUGAUGCAAAGGAUGUGGACGAUGGAACAGUUGACAAACCGGAACAGGACCACCUUGAAGUUCCUGAUUCAACAACUGCUGGAGACUCUGAUGAUGAAUAUGCUAGUGGUCUUCUGUGAGAGUGACCAUUGUUCUUCUUGUAAUUAACUUUAAUGCAAUCAUUCCUAUUGUUAUUGUGGCCUUCACUCAAUAUUGGUUGCUGCAUACCCUGUCAGGAACCAACACAUCUGAACUGUUGAAUGUCAUGUAGCUGUGCACGAGAUUUUCCACCCUGCAUGGGUGUUCAGCAUGCUGCUUUUGUUAAUACUACCUUAAUGGCUUAAAAUUGAGUUAUUAGAUUGCCAUUGGCUGAAAAGCCUAUAUAUUGCCAUCAUUUGUGCCACUUAUAAGUACCACCUUGUGACAUGCUUGAUGUAGUCAUCUUGGCUUGGGAUGAGUGUUGCUACAUGCGACGUGUAUCACUGUGGCGAUCCAGGUCUGCUCUUAAAUGCGGUAGAUGCAUGUUCAUUAUUGGAUUCUGAAGCGCUUCAUGUGUUUUUUAAUAUAUUUUCUUUGGUUAUUGAGGCACACCAUCUCAUUAGUUAGAACCAUUGUUUUUUCUAAUGAUACAUUGUGAAAUUUUUAGAUCUUAUCACGGUGCUAAGGAUCAGUACUUUAUUUGAUGUUUGUGUAGUUUAUUCAAAUCUCAUUAUAUAAACGUGUUGCUAAGCGUGAUAGCAUCAUUACCUGGCUUCUGGACUGUUAUUCUGCUGACUAUCCAUACUUUAUAGGAUGUACUUUAAUUCUUGUAGAAAUUUGUUGCUUUAUGCAUUGUGUAACAUGUUUGUCAAAUGUGUAGUUAGUUAUCGAGGAGCUUGUGGACACGACUGUGUUUGUGAUUGGCUGGAAUAAAUAAAGUAUACAUAUGUCAUGGAAUUCAUUAUCAUCACACAGCAACACCAGUAGGCACAGAAAUGCAAUGAAAAUUUUAGAUUGACAAUUGCAUAGAUUUAUGUGUUGAGGCUUUUGAACUCUUAAUUACAUUGCUGAGAACAACCACUGUACUCUUAACCAUUUGAUUAGCAAGUAGAAUCUGAAGCAUUCCUCUUGUGUGCACUGUUUUAAUGUUCAUUUAUUGAUUCUCCAGCUAUUGUACGAGAUUGAGUAAAGUAGAAUGAAAGGCAACAUACGGUCAUCUGUUAGAGGUGAACAGAAAAUUUGCUUGUCACCAUGCUAGGGCUGUACUCUUGAGUGAUAACUUUUGAGGAUACAAUUGCUUUCAUGAGGUUUCGCUUGUCUCAGCACUGGAGGCAUCAGUAUCUACUGAUGGCAGUAUUCCUCAUGCACUGCCGGGAACCUUGUUGCUCGUAGAUGCCAAGUCCAGUGCCAAAGCAUGCAAAAGUCAUUUUAUCCCCGAUAGUGAUCAACCACUGUUUGUAUAAGUUAUCAAUUGACCCAUAACCUCUGCCAGCUGUGUUAUGCUAAAAAAAAAGUUCUCAGUCAGGGCUUAUCAACAAACACUCCAGUUUCCCAAAGUGUCGAUAAGUGUUAAAAGGGGUACUGACAAAAAAAAUUUUGGUUUGGAGUUUUUUUGCAGCAGUAUGUUGCUGGGGGCCUAUCAGUCAUAACUAGGGCUUAAUGUUUUUGGAUAAAUCCCAAAAAAUCCGAUAAACACCCACUGGUAAAAUUUUUGACAACUAAGAUUUAUCCGAUAAGCUCCAAUUUUAAAAGGGCAUUUUCAACAUGCAAAGGGCAUUUUCAAAGCUGACAAUCAUCAGUCGAAAGAAGCGCACCUCCAUCAGUGGCAGCAACCUCGUAAAGUAUGCUUGCGUCUAUUACAACAAACUUUAAGGUUUUAAUACGAACAAACGUAGGUGUUUUGUAUUCAAGUAUUUGUGCUUGUAUGUAUAUGUGUUUGUGUGUUCAAACCUUCCAGACAUCUAAAAUACACUUAGUGUGUUCACAUGUUUUAUCAUUUCAUCUAAGAUUUCGAAGCAUUGAGAAUAAUAAUAGUAGGUCCGUUAUUUUUCAUUAAGAAGAUAUGCGAGGCUGGGAUUAAAAGCUGAGAAGCAGCUUGACUAGCUCCUGCUCCUCCCAAAAGUACACUUUGGCGAGUUGACAGCAGUGCACAUCAACAGCCUUAUUAACAGGGUAAAUGAACAGGAAGUUAGAAAAAAUGAAAAGAUGGAAAAACAGGAUUAUCAGCAACAAUGCAAUACAUUUUCAUUGGAAAUAAAAUUAAUAAGACAUAGCAACAACUUAUAAUGCAAAAUUAAACACCAAGGAAUAAAUUCCGAUAAAUGCUGAAUUUCCUCCAAAAAAGUAAACUCCGAAGAACACCCUCCGAACUUCAAGAAAAAUAAACUCCGAAAACACAGAGCCCUAGUCAUAACAUGGCACAUCGCUGGCUUGGUUUGGGAGGGACACAAGCUGCCGGGUGCAACUAACGACAUCUAGCGUGCGAAACGGUACACAGAACUGUGACGCACUUUCAUACUGCCAGCAUAGUCUGCUGGCAUUCUUUUGCCUGCCCCAUGUGCUGUGCCGUCAUCAUCGUCAUUAUCAUUGACGUCUGGUGGUAACAAUUUUCUUGAGGCUUCCGCACUCUUUGCACGUUUACCGCGGGCAUGGACUUGUGAGCACUUUCCGAAUAGUAGCCUGCUGGCGCAAGCGCAAUGGUGACUGCGACGUCGUCAUACUAGAUGCGCCAGCUCCGAGCUCGGCCUCAGUGGUGACAUCUCGGGAGCUGGGGGGGUCACCUUCAGUUCACCUUAGUUGAUGUCAAUGUCACGAGCUGAGGCAUGUAGUGCUGGAUCGCCCACAUGAACUUCAAAUUCAUAUAAAUUACCUCCCAAGCUGUAUUCGGUGUUGAGAUUUGGUAGAUGAUGUACACAUGUUCACGGGAAUCGAUCCUCAACCGCAAAGCUUUGUGUCAUUACCUUGUUAAUUGGAACGUCAAUGCAUUUUUUCAACGUACCAAAUAUUGCAUAUCAGUGCUGUGGGAAUUGGCCGAGCAAACAUGAUGGAAAGGCAUUGCUCCCAUAGCGGACUAGGGCGAAUUUUUCUUAAGCUGCUAAACAUUCACCCACCUGUGUAGAUUUCUUUUGUAGCAUUGUGCUACUAUCAUGAGAGUGGUGGCUUUCUGCAGAAAUUACCUGCCAUAUUCAUUGUCUUGGUGCUUUAAGUUGCAGAUUAUUUAAUCUUUGCUUUCCAAUCUUCUUGCGUGCUGGUUAGCUCUCAUGGUAAUCAGCACUGACCUGAAAACUGAAAAGGAAGUGGUCCAAUGUUGAAAUCAGGCCAGGUCGAAUUUCUCUUCAGCUGGGAAGCUUGCCUUUGCUUUCUGAGAAACGUGUGUGGGUUUCCUCUGCAGCUUUGCGCUACUCUCAGGUGGAUGACAAUUGUUCCUGUUCAAGGAAAAGUGGUUCUAGGCACAGCAUUUUUGCUUAGUGGAUAUAACUUUGUUACUGCUGAGCUCCUAUUCUGUAGCCUGGACAUGUGCCCUAAAAUAAAUGUUCGCUUUAAAGGGGCCCUGCAACACUUUUUCAGCAUGGUCAGAAAACGCUGCCGAUCGGUAGUCUAGGCUCUCGAGAACACGCGAGCCAAACAUUAUAGCGCCGCACGCUGACUGAGAUUUACAAUAAAUUCUCAAAGUCAGCUAAAAAUCACUUCCUCUUCUCUCGACAAAUGAUGCUAUUGACUCAAAAUCGCUGCAUCACUGACUCAACUUCCACGCCAUUGGCCGAUUUGAACAUGGCGCGCUUGGUAGUUACUGCGGCUGCCGCGGGAGGCCAUCACUUGCCUGCACGCGCGAUCGCACUGAAAGUACACCGUGCGUUCGAAGAAAAAAAAGAAAAAGUGUUCAAGGUCACGAGGCAUUCAUGACAUACCUUCCCCCAUGCCAUCCCUCCGAGAGAAGAGACGAAGCAAUUGCAGCGUGCGACAAAUCUUUAACUCCAGUCGUACUGGACAGAUGCUAAAUAUUUUUGCGGUGGUCAAUUCGUGAGAAAAUAAGCUCCUUUAGUGAAGCCAUUCCGUGGCUACUUGGAAAAGUGUUGCAGGGCCCCUUUAAAUUAACGAAGGUUUGUUGAGCGAUAAUCACAUUGCAAUUUGUUGUGCAUUCCACCUCCUGAAGCAGUCCAAUUGGCGUGGCAGAAUUCCCUUGUACCACGGAACACAACUAUGGCAUGUACACUCCUUGUCUGUUCAGCAUGGUGAAGUAUAUGCACAGGAAACAAACAUACAAGAUUAUUUUAUCCCGAGACUGGUCUGUGCACUUUGUAACACAAUAUUUAAAUAGACCUGUGUGGUUGCUAGUUGAUGCUAUCAUAAACAUCUGAGUGAAAUAUCCACUUCCUAACCUUACGCGAGUAUUCCAAGCUUGCUUUCAGAAAGGACGCAUGGAGGAAGCAAAUUUAUUCUGAACGCUUCCUUCAUGUCCUCGUGAAAGGAAACCUUUCGUUACACAAGACAAGUAUUCCACACAUUGUGAACUCAAAGGUGUUCAUCAUAAGUGUUUUGCAAGGAUGUUUAUUCUGCAGCAAUAAAGUUUAUCUUUUAUGUUAAACACUUACAUAAAAAUGCAUAUGUCUUUUU